AUGGCUAACGACACCGACGACAAGCCAAAGACGUUCUCCGUAUCCAAAUACCUCCCCUUCGCGUCAUCGACGACCACCACCCAAGCUUGUGCGUACCUACUGGCUGUGUGCUUAUUCUCGAUAUCCUUCCUCGUCUUCCUGAACAGCAGCGUAUCCUUCGUGAUUACAGACCUUAUUGGAAUCAAAGAUGGCGUAGGAGAUCUGGUAGGAACAUUGGGCUUUGUGGAUGAGCUGGUUGCGCUCUUUGCGUGUCCAAUAUGGGGUAUUCUCUCGGAUAGACUGGGUGUGAGGAAUGUCUGUGUUGCGGGGUAUACUAUUGUUGGACUCGCGCUCUUCCUGUUUGUGCAGGCGAAGAACGUGUAUCCGCAGCUUCUUCUCGCAAGGGUGUUCUUUAGCAUCGGUGGGGCGGCAACAGCCACAAUGGUGACAGCCAUCCUACCUUCGAUGACAGGGAACAAUCAUGAUGCGGAUUCUGUGAAGGGACAUGAGGGACAUGAUAGCUCGGAAGGGGUACCAGGUCGUCGCAGUAUUGCUGCGUCUCUCGACUCGGAAGUUACUAUUACUCCGUCAAACUUCAAUGGGAGGUCAAGCCCUCAAGCUUCGAACGGACAUACAAGAAAGACUGCAUCCAAGACCUCAUCGAGUCCGCCUCGGCUGGCUGGAUUGGUGGGUGUAUUUACUGGUUGCGGAGCUCUAGUAGCUCUGUCUGUUUUCCUUCCAUUACCCGCACAAUUUUCUCAUCUGAAAGGAAAGACGCAAGGCCAGGCUGUAGCUGAUAGCUUUUAUGUGGUUGGCGCCGUGGCCCUCAUUGUCGCAUCCUGUUGCUUUUUUGGAUUGCGCGGAUUGGAAGGAGAAGAGGGGAAGGGUUGGCGUCUACUCCUUGGGAAGUCCCCAUCUCACGAUUACGAGGCUGUGCCUUCAGACGAUACCCAAGGGCAAUCAAGAGCUGUCAACCCCCCUUCCUCCCAUAUUGGAAACUUUUACUCGAUUCUACAUGCUCAAAUUGGCUUAGGCUAUCUCGGUGGAUUUAUUGCUAGAGCAUCUUCCGUGGCCAUCUCAUUGUUCAUUCCUCUUUAUAUAAACGCCUAUUUCAUACGAAAUGGGUUCUGUCAAGGCUCACCAAAUGACCCCUCGCCAGAGCUAAAGAAAGAAUGUAGAGCAGCAUACAUUCUUUCAGCUGAGUUGACGGGAGUCUCGCAGCUCAUAGCGCUUCUUUGCGCGCCUUUGUUUGGAUACUUGUCCGAUAGAUACCGUCGAUUCAAUAUUCCACUUCUCAUAGCAGGUGUUUUUGGCAUUGUUGGGUAUACAGCUUUUGCGAGGCUUGUUAGUCCAGAGCCCAAGAAUGUUGAUGGCAGAGGUGGAAGCCCUAUUGUCUUUUUGAUAGUGGCCUUGAUUGGCAUCAGCCAGAUUGGAGCCAUCGUCUGUAGCCUUGGUUUAUUGGGCCGCGGCGUUCUUGGAGAUGAAGGAGGCUACAAUCUUUCCUCACAAUUGGGAGGACCUCAAACAACUCCAAUAGUCAAUGAUGCUAACGAGACUGAACCCCUCAUUGCUUCAUCGUUGGCACCAGUGCAGACUAAGUCCAGAAGUCAUCUCAAAGGUUCCAUUGCAGGGGUAUAUUCCCUUUCGGGAGGUGCAGCCAUAUUACUGCUCACGAAACUUGGAGGCGCUUUGUUCGAUAGUCUAUCCCCCGGGGCCCGUUUUACAUGA